GCCGCCCCCCGCCGGCGGGAGCGCGCCGGGCUGGGUCACGUGGUGCGGGCAGCGCGCUAUUAGAGGAUCGGGCGUCCAUUUUGAGCGGAGACUCUUCUGGAAGGUGCGAACCAUGGGAGACCAGGGAGAACCUCAAGUUCAGUUCAAGCUUGUACUCGUAGGAGAUGGCGGCACUGGUAAAACAACUUUUGUGAAGCGCCAUAUGACUGGUGAAUUUGAAAAGAAGUAUGUAGCAACUUUGGGUGUUGAAGUUCACCCAUUAAUGUUCCAUACUAACAGAGGUGCCAUCAGAUUUAAUGUGUGGGAUACUGCUGGUCAAGAGAAAUUUGGUGGUCUCCGGGAUGGUUAUUAUAUUCAAGCUCAAUGUGCCAUUAUCAUGUUUGAUGUAACUUCACGGGUGACUUACAAGAAUGUGCCUAACUGGCAUAGAGAUUUGGUGCGAGUGUGUGAAAACAUCCCCAUUGUGCUGUGUGGCAACAAAGUUGACAUUAAAGACAGAAAAGUGAAGGCAAAAUCUAUUGUCUUCCACAGGAAGAAAAAUCUUCAGUACUAUGACAUUUCUGCCAAAAGCAACUACAACUUUGAGAAGCCAUUCCUGUGGCUUGCCAGGAAACUCAUUGGAGAUCCCAAUUUGGAGUUUGUUGCUAUGCCAGCUUUGGCACCACCAGAGGUUCAGAUGGACCCUGCAUUAGCAGCACAAUAUGAAGAGGAGCUCAAGGUUGCUCAAGACACUGCAUUGCCAGAUGAAGAUGAUGACCUGUGAAUUGAUGGCUGGAGUCGAACACAGCAGCCUAGUUUUAUAGGCAGCUGUCCUGUGAUGCAGUGUUUGCCAGUUAAUUAGCUGAACAGAGCUUAAGUGCUUAUAAUCUUUAGGAGGCUAAAGGAGUUGAAAUUGGGAGUGAAUGCUGUGCAGUAUGACAAUAUUCUUCACAUUUAGACCUGUGUACUUGAUACUAAAACUGUUGAUAAACUGCAACAUUUGAGUGAUGCAUAAUUUAAUUUAUGAUACUGGUAAAAUCACAAUACAUCGUUUCAAGUUGUAUGUUAAUGUCAUUCCUACUUUUUGUUAACUUUUUGUUUAGAUCAUAGUUGAUCUUAAUAAAGUUGUAUUCCAAAUGUCUCCAUGAAUUGUGGCAUUAAAGUGCUCAGCAUUA